AUGGCCUCAACCAAACUAUUUGAAUCCAUUCCCCAAUUCCCAAACACUCUCCCUGUUGCGAAACUCCUCAAGAUCUCUCUAUCCAGCCUGAUAUCCGGCGACCCAGACGCCGCUAACGACGUCCUCACGGCAUGCCGCACAUCAGGCUUCUUCCACCUCGACCUAUCCAACUCUCCUCUCGGCGAAGCCAUGAUACCACUCAUCGACUCUAUCUUCCCCAUUAUUCAGCAGACAAUGCAACUUCCACUAGAAGAAAAGAUGAAGUACACUCAAGAUGCGCCGAGAAGCUUUCUAGGCUACAAAGCACUCGGCGUCAUGAAAACCGAAUCAGGGGCCCCUGACCGCUGCGAGUUCUGGACUAUCUCCCAAGACGACAUCCUCGGGACCACUGUCCCGGAACAGCCGAUGCCCUCCAUUCUCACCUCACAACGGGGGCUAUUCAAAUCCUAUUUGUUUUACGGCCGUAGCGUGAUCGAACACAUUUUCCACGCCCUGGCGACACAGCUCCGUCUCCCACACGACGCAUUCAUUCAGUUCCACGACCCGACACGGGAAUCGGGGACGAUUCUCCGGCUGAUGCAGUAUGAGCCGGGCAUUCAAGGCGAAGACGAGGAUCAAGUGCAGACGGGACUACUGGCGCAUACAGACUUUGGAAGCAUCACGCUCCUCGCGAAUGUUUUGGGCGGGCUGCAGGUUCUCAGCCGAGCUGGGGAAUGGGAAUGGGUCCAGCCGGAGCCGGGCUGCUUGAUUGUGAAUAUGGGCGAUGCGAUGGUCGAGUGGACUGGGGGUGUGUUAAGGUCGAAUAUGCAUCGGGUCGUCUGUGCGCCUGGGGAGCAGGCGGCGUUGGACAGAGUCAGUUUUGCGAUGCUGGUGAGGCCGUGCAAGGAGGCUAGGAUGAAGAGGUUGGCGGGGGGUUCUAUUCCGAGUAUUGAGAGUGAUAGUGAAGAGGGUGUCGUAGCAAUUGGGGCUGAGGGAAUGACGGCUUGGGAGUGGGAAUUGAAGAAGGCGAUGGCAUUGAAGGAGGGGAAGGACUGUGCGAGGAGUCGCGGGGGCAGGGAUCUUGAAACUGAGAGGGAUUCAGUUGGGAAUACUGAGGCUUGA